AUGAACAACCUCACUGGCUAUUGCUGCGGGAUCUGCAAGGCUGCGGUGGAAAAGGACGGUGAUCUGCCCUUCUGCGACCACUGCCAGCAAUUCUUCCACUACGAGUGCGCGCAGCUCGAGAAGGGCGUCAAGGACGAUUCCUGGAGGUGCCCCAACUGCGCGGCCGAAAUGGAAGUCACCCAGGUCAUCGUGAAGUUUGACGACCUGGAAAAGACCCUGCUGGAGCUGGAAGCUGAAGCGAAGCGCCAGGAGGAGAGAAUCGUCGCGGAACAACAGCUGCACAAACGUCGCCUGGAGCUGCAACAGCAAACACAGCAGCGUCAACAAGAGGCCGAAAGGCAGAUGCUGGCCCUUGAGCAGCAGCUCAUGGAGCAACAACUCGCUGCCGAGAAGCAGUUCCAGGAACAGCAGAAGAAGAAUAAAGAAGAUUUCGAGGCCAAGAUGGCACAACUCAAGGCCGAGGCAAAGAGCACGGCUGGCCCCAGCGGAAUCUCAACGCCGCUCCGGCAUCCGGGAGUUACGAUUCCAGAAGUACCCAAACCAAAACCGACUCCGAUACCGGCGGACUCAGGUGAAGAGGGUAACGGCAACGAAGGAGACGAGUCCGGCUCGGACACAAGCCUAACGGGUACGGAAUCCAGUUCGUCGGGCGAUGAGCGGGAAAAAGAACCACCCAAGCAGCUACGGGGGCCAACGAAGGCGCAGCUUACUGCCCGCCAGUUCUUGGCCAGAAAACUGCCCGUAUUCACUGGACGCUGCGAAGAGUGGCCAAUGUUUAUAAGCAGCUACGAGACGUCGAACCUGGCCUGCGGAUUUUCGAACGUCGAGAACCUCGCCAGACUGCAAGACAGCAUUCGGGAGCCAGCGUUGACCAACGUGCGCAGCCUACUGUUGCUGCCCGAGAAGGUCCCGGCGGCGAUCGAAACUCUACGCAUGCUGUACGGCCGGCCCGAACAGCUGCUCAACACGCUGCUGAUCAAAGUACGGAAGGCCGACUCUCCCAGGUCGGAUCGUCUGGAGUCGUUCAUUUACUUCGGCGUCGUGGUCCAGCAGCUCGUAGACCACCUCGAGGCCACCCACAUGAACGAUCACCUGGUCAACCCACUGUUGAUCCGAGAGCUGGUGGAGAAACUACCCGCCGGGUCGAAACUCGAAUGGAUUCGUUUCAAGAAGCUGAAGAAGCACGUCUCGCUCCGAACUUUCGCUGACUUCCUAUCGGACAUCGUGACCGACGCUAGCGAGGCCACACUGUUCACCGAACCGCAGCUGCAACAUCAGCCGCAGUCUCGCAGAGACGUCAAACCAAAAGCUGGAUCCAGAACGCACGAAAGCUACCUUCACACUCACGCUGCUGCGGAGAAUAGCGGAGACACAAACCAUGCCGGUGUAAACAACAAAAGACCAUGCAGGAUUUGUGAUCGCACCGACCAUCGAGUCCGCAACUGUGAGAAGUUCAAGCAGCUGAAAUUGGAGGAUCGUUUGGACGCAGUCAAGAAGUGGCAACUCUGCAAGCUGUGCCUGAAUGAGCACGGGUCUGUCCGCUGCCGGAUGAACUUCAGGUGCAACGUGGGAAACUGCAAGGAACGGCACAACGCACUUCUGCACAGCGACGUCCCUGCAACGGUCGUCAACUGCAACGCUCACGAUGUGCGGGCCAGACAGCCGGUGAUCUUCAGGAUGAUUCCGGUCACGCUGUACAACGGCGGCAGAUCGGUCAACAUUAUCGCGUUUCUGGACGAGGGAGCUUCGUACACGUUGGUGGACGAGUCCAUCACGAAGUUGCUGAACGUCCGCGGCGCAGUUCAACCGCUGCGCAUUAUGUGGACCGCUGGAGUUUCAAGGCUGGAGAAACAAUCGGAGAACGUCUGCCUGUCGAUCUCUGCCAGAGGGGUGUCGACUCAGUUCCAGAUCAAGAACGCCCACACCGUGAACGAGCUGAAGCUUCCGGAACAAACCGUGUGCUUCGCCGACGUCGUCAAGGAGUACAAUCAUCUGCACGAUCUCCCGGUGGCAGAUUACCGCGGCGCGCCGAAGAUCUUGAUUGGCUUGAAGGAUCUGCACCUGUACGCGCCUCUCGAGUCUCGCAUCGGCGGCGCUGGAGAACCAAUCGCUGUAAAGUCGAAACUUGGUUGGACGAUCUACGGUCCCCACGAGAACAACGCGCCAGCAGCUGGAUUCGUAGGUCAUCAUGCUUGUCACCAAGUCUCUAACCAAGACCUGCAUGAUCUCCUGAAGAACCAGUACCUCCUCGAGGAAACUGGCAUCUCCAUGGCGCUGCUGCCGGAGUCGGACGAGGACAAGCGAGCCAGGUCGAUUCUGGAGUCAACGACGGUGCGGAACGGAGAUCGAUACGAAACCGGCCUGUUAUGGAAAGCGGACGACACAAGUUUCCCCGACAGCUACGUGAUGGCGCUGAAAAGGUUGAAAUCUCUGGAAAGAAAGCUGCUGAAGAACGACUCGCUGUACGACAACGUGCGGCGCCAAAUCGUCGAGUAUCAACAGAAGGGCUACGCGCACAAGGCCUCCCAGCAAGAACUGGCUGCGUGCGAUCCGCGAAAGGUGUGGUACUUGCCGCUGAACGUGGUGACGCACCCCAAGAAGCCGGAGAAAGUACGCCUCGUGUGGGACGCGGCCGCUACUGUGGCGGGAGUCUCGCUCAACAGCCAGCUGCUCAAGGGGCCGGACAUGCUGACGUCGCUUCCUUCCGUGAUCUUCCGAUUCCGUGAACGUCCUGUCGGAUUUGGUGGUGAUAUCAGGGAAAUGUAUCACCAGCUGCGCAUACGGAAGGAGGAUACGAACGCCCAGAGGUUCCUGUUCCGGAACGACCCAACGGCCGAGCCUGAGGUGUACAUCAUGGACGUCGCCACCUUCGGGGCAACUUGUUCGCCGUGUGCCGCGCAGUUUGUGAAAAACAAGAACGCGGAGGAGUUCUCGAAGCAGUAUCCCGAGGCGGCGAAGGCAAUCGUGGAGAACCAUUAUGUCGACGACUACUACGACAGCGCGUCGACGGUCGACGAAGCGAUUCAGCGGGCGAAGGAGGUCAGACUCAUCCACUCGAAAGCGGGCUUCGAGAUCCGCAAUUGGGUGGCCAGUUCAAGCGAGGUUGUCAGCGCGCUGGGCGAGAAGGAAGCCGAUCAGAAAGUUCACCUCAGCCAAAACAAGACGACCGGUUACGAACGAGUACUGGGCAUUGUGUGGAACACGAGCACCGACGAGUUCUUGUUCUCGGCCGAGAUGAGAGAGGAUCUGGAGCGGUACUUGAAAGGAGAGCUGCGGCCCACGAAGCGGGUGGUGUCGAGCUGCGUAAUGAGCCUGUUCGACCCUCAAGGUUUUCUGAUCUCGUUCACGAUCUUCGGGCGGAUUUUGAUCCAGGACUUGUGGCGGGCUGGCUGUGAUUGGGACAAGGCGGUCGACGACGAAGCGUGGGAGAAAUGGAAGCGCUGGGUGAGUCGCCUGCAAGAAGUUGAAGGCGUUCGAAUCCCGCGGUACUACUUCCAGGGCGCGCACGAUCUGAACUACGAGACGUUGGAGCUUCAUGUGUUCUGCGACGCGAGUCAGUGCGCUUAUGGUGCUGUCGCCUUCUUCUGGAUUAUGUCGUCGAUGGGCCCAAUCUGCGCGCUCGUGUCCGGGAAGUCAAAAGUGGCACCGCUGAAGCUGCUCAGCAUCCCACGCUUGGAACUGCAGUCAGAUGUGGUCGGCUCGAGACUCAUGAACUUCGUGCAGGAGAACCACACCCUCAAGAUUGCGGAACGAUUCAUCUGGUCAGACUCUGAAGUUGCUUUGUCGUGGAUCCAUUCUGACCAGCGAAAGUAUAAGCAAUUCGUUGCCUUUCGCGUCGGCGAAAUUCUGACGCUGACCAAGCAGAGCGAGUGGCGGAAGGUGCCAUCAAAGCUGAAUCUGGCAGACAUGCUCACCAAGUGGGACAAAAGCACACAGCAGGUGCAGCUGAACACGCCCGAGGAGAUGCGAGCGAGUGUGCUGUACCACAGCAUCAUUGUCACCGAGCAAAUCAUCGAUCCUCACAACUUCUCUCGCUGGACGGUGAUGGUAAGAUCCGUGGCAUGCCUGGCUCGAUUUCGCUCCAAUUGUCGCAGAAAAGCAAAGGGUUUGCCGAUCGAAGCACUUCCUCUUUCGAAGGCGAUGAAGGGGCUCGUGAAAAGGACCGUGCAAGCAGUUCCAGUCCCGCUGAAGAGGGAAGAAUACCAGAUGGCGGAAACAUACUUGUGGAGAUGGGCGCAAGCGGACUACUUCCCGGACGAGGUGACAACCCUUCUUAAAAACCUCGAAUUCCCCGCGGACAAGAAGCUACCCCUGGAGAAGAGCAGCGUGCUGUACAAGCUGACCCCGUUCCUGGAUGAGCAGAAAGUGAUGCGAGUUGACGGUCGACUUGAGCGAGCUACCAUGAUUCCGUUUGAGGUUCGCUUUCCCGUCAUCCUGCCCAAAGGUCAUCCAGUGACAACGAAGCUGCUGGAGUACUAUCACCAGAAGAUGGGCCACGCGUACUUCGAGACGGCAAUCAACGAGCUUCGGCAGCGUUUCUUCAUCCCGAACCUACGAGCCGAGCUGAAGCGGGUGAUGACGGCGUGCGUGAAGUGCAAGGUGGAGAAAAGCGUACCGGCGAUCCCGAGAAUGGCACCACUUCCAGUCCAGCGUGUGACUCCACAUCAGCGGGCGUUCAGCUACACCGGGGUCGACUACUUCGGCCCAGUAGCAGUGACGGUCGGGCGGCGUUCCGAAAAGCGUUGGGUCAGCCUCUUCACGUGUUUGACCACGCGUGCCAUCCAUCUGGAAGUCGUGCAUAGUUUGACCACACAGUCGUGCGUCAUGGCUAUCAGACGAUUCGCUUGCCGGAGAGGAAUGCCCAUCGAGUUCUUCAGCGACAACGGCACGAACUUCCAGGGCGCGAGUAAGGAGAUCGUACGCGUGGACGCGGAAUGCAGAGAAGAGUUCACCGACGCCAGAACGAGCUGGAACUUCAACCCACCAUCAGCGCCGCACAUGGGCGGGGCCUGGGAGAGGCUUGUGAGGUCGGUCAAGGAAGCUCUGAAGGCGUUCGACGACGGGAGAAAGCUGACGGACGAAGUGUUGCUGACCAGUUUGGCGGAAGCGGAGGAUCUCAUCAACACACGUCCGCUGACGUACCUGUCAACCGAAGCAGGAUCAACCGAAGCUCUCACGCCCAACCAUUUCUUGCGAGGAGUGUCGACCAACGAUGGAACUCAACGCGCGGAAUCGACCAGUCCAGCCGAAGCUCUCCGAGACUGCUACAAGCGGUCGCAACUCCUUGCUGACUGCUUUUGGAAACGCUGGAUUGCGGAGUACCUUCCAACCCUGAACCAACGGACGAAGUGGCACGCGGAGGCGGAGCCUAUCGCGUGUGGAGAUGUCGUCUACGUCGUGGAAGGCGCUAAUCGCGGUAACUGGGUCCGGGGCAUCGUGACGGAGGUCUUCAAGGGUGCCGAUAGACGCAUUCGGCAGGCGAUGGUGAGGACAUGCAGAGGAGAGCUGAAGCGGCCGGUGAGCAAACUGGCGGUGCUAGAAAUCCAGGAGCGUAAAACUGGUGCGAAGGAGGCUCCACCCACCAGAGUUACGGGGCGGGGCGAUGUUGGCACCGCGAUGAACCAUCCUAGCGCAGCACGUGAAACACGACAGGCAAAAGGGAACGCAUAA